AUGCUAAGUAGUUUUUAUGUAACUCAACUUGCAUUUGGGAAGGGUGCAGGAGUUUUUGCCCCUUUUGUGCUUAUUGACACAGGGAGUAUAGAAACUUGGGUCCAAUGCGAAGGUUGUAACCCUUGUUUUGAGUUAUAUCCUAGAAGCUUCUCUUACAAAGAAUCUUUAACUUAUGCUCGAAUGAGCAUACAUGAUCCUCGGUGCGUUCCAAAAACAAUCUUUGAAGGAUCUUGUGGCUUUUCGGCUUUAUAUAUCGUCAGUCGCACAGUUGGUUUUAUGGGGACUGAUACUUUCUUCUUUGAAGAUACAGAAACAGGACAACUACGAGGUUUUAAAGAUUUUGCAUUUGGUUGUGGCCUCGAAAAUGUCAACAUUGACUUUGGAGCCAACAGUGGCUCUCACAAUAUUAUAGCAGGCAUAGUAGGCCUUUCGCCUGGUCCAAGAUCAUUCUUAAACCAACUUGAUGCAGAAAUCAAAGGUAGGUUUUCGUACUGUAUUCCGUCAUGGACUGAGAACCAGCAAGCCUAUUCCACCAUGUACUUUGGUGAAGAUGCCAAUAUAAGUGGAGAUGAACAUAGGCGGGUUAAGGCAAUCUCGAUGCAGGCUUCAAAAAGAUUUCAUUUGUACUUGAAUGGUAUAAGUGUAGAUGGUAAUAGACUGCCGAUUGAUCCAUCAAUUUUUCAGUUAGAUGAAAAGAGGUUAACAAAAGGCUUCUUCAUAGACUCAGGGGCACCCUAUACUGUCUUAGCAAAGAGUGCUUUUAAUCCGUUGAUAGAUGCAAUAGUUAACUACUUUGGUAAGUAUGGUUGGCAACCGAUGCCUCAACCACAACCAUUUUACAUUUGUUACUCGUCGUACCCUAAAGACGAUCAAAGCUUUCCAUCUGUUGUUUUCCAUUUUAAGUUGAAUCAACGACCAGGUGAUAUUGAUAUGGUUUUGGACAAGGAUAAUAUGUUCCAAAAGUUUGAGAAUACUCAAGGGUUUUGUUUGAUGGUGCACCCUAUUGAUGACCCUGGUCCUUGCCUAUUUGGAGCAUUUCAACAGGCAAAUUUUAAAUUUUUGUAUGAUGUUAGAAAAUGGCUUUUGUUUUUUGUACCCGAGAGAUGUCAAGAAAAUCCAGAGUAG